CUUCGACAACCCCCUUCUUCCCCCCGUAGUUCGUCCAUCUCUGCUCAGUUCAGACUUCAAUUCGCUCAUCGCCUUCCUUCUUUUUUCUUGAGUUAAUUAUUUCUUCCUUCCCCGGUUGGCAAACGCCAUGCUGCGAUCCGCUUCUAGGGCUCCUUUGAGGAUUCUUUGUCGAUGGUCCCCAGGCAGGAACUUUGCGACAACCCCCAUAACUGAGGUUAUCUCACCCCAUCUGCGCAAACAAGCUGUCCCUGCUCGUAAGGUCAUUCCAAAUGUUCCUCGAAACCAAUCUACCUCUGCAUCGGCAAGACCAAUUCCUUCACCAGCCUUCGAUCAGGAUCCUCCCUCAACAGCGCCUCCGGCAGCACAUGCGCCGCACCCACUCCAGCCCAAACAUGGCCAGGAAAUGGACGAUUCAUUUGUUGGGAUGUCGGGUGGUCAGAUAUUCCAUGAAAUGAUGCUUCGACAUGGGGUUAAGCAUAUCUUUGGAUAUCCUGGCGGUGCCAUCCUCCCUGUUUUCGAUGCUAUUUACCGGUCAAAACAUUUUCAAUUCAUUUUGCCCCGCCACGAACAGGGUGCGGGGCAUAUGGCUGAGGGUUACGCACGUGCCUCGGGUAAGCCAGGUGUUGUCUUGGUUACAUCUGGCCCAGGGGCCACCAACGUUGUUACCCCCCUCCAAGACGCUCUUAGCGAUGGAACUCCUCUCGUGGUUUUUUGCGGCCAGGUACCUACUAGCGCAAUCGGCACCGAUGCCUUCCAGGAAGCCGAUGUUGUCGGAAUCUCCCGUGCCUGUACUAAGUGGAACGUAAUGAUAAAGGAUGUCGCGGAGCUCCCACGUCGGAUAAAUGAGGCUUUCGAGAUCGCCACAUCAGGCAGACCAGGACCUGUCCUUGUCGAUUUGCCAAAGGAUGUCACGGCCGGUAUUUUACGGAAAGCCAUCCCCGUAGCAAGUGACUUGCCUUCUCAUCCAUCUGCUGCCUCCCUGGCUGCGAAGGAGGCCAGGAGGAGGUAUCUUGAUGCUAGUGUCGGGAGGGUCGCUAAGCUUGUAAACAUGGCAAAGAAACCUGUCAUCUACGCCGGACAAGGUGUGAUUGAGCGGCCGGAGGGGCCAAAGUUGUUGAAGGAGUUUGCGGACAAGGCAAAGAUUCCUGUCACCACAACCCUCCAGGGGCUGGGAGGUUUUGACGAGCUCGAUGAGAAGAGCUUGCACAUGCUGGGCAUGCACGGGUCUCCAUAUGCAAAUUUGUCGAUGCAAGAGGCUGACCUGAUCAUUGCUCUUGGGGCAAGAUUUGAUGAUCGUGUCACGGGAAAUAUCGCAAAAUUCGCACCACAGGCCAAGUUGGCGUGUGCCGAGGGCCGUGGAGGCAUCGUCCAUUUUGAAAUUAUGCCCAAGAACAUCAACAAGGUUGUCCAAGCGACCGAGGCUGUUGAGGGUGAUGUUGCCGAAAACCUUGCUCUCCUUAUCCCCCGAGUCAGUUCAGUGGCCGAACGUCCAGAAUGGUUUGCACAAAUCAAUGACUGGAAAAAGCGCUACCCCUUUGCCUUUGAGAGAGAGACUCCUGGCUCUAUGAUCAAGCCUCAGACUGUUAUUGAGGAGAUCAACAAGCAAACUGCACACAUGAAGGAGGAAGUUGUUAUUUCUACUGGGGUCGGUCAGCAUCAAAUGUGGACUGCUCAGCACUUCAGAUGGAGGCACCCUCGUACAAUGAUUACUUCUGGUGGUUUGGGAACUAUGGGAUAUGGUCUCCCGGCUGCUAUUGGGGCUAAAGUUGCCAGACCUGAAGCCACUGUUAUCGAUAUUGACGGUGAUGCCAGCUUUAACAUGACUCUUACUGAGUUGUCUACUGCUGUGCAGUUCAAUAUUGGUGUCAAGGUCAUCGUGUUGAACAAUGAGGAGCAAGGGAUGGUUACCCAAUGGCAGAGUUUGUUUUACGAAGAUAGGUUCUCUUGGACUCAUCAGCAGAACCCAGACUUUGUAAAGCUUGGUGAAGCUAUGGGUAUGAAGUCGAUGAGAUGUUCGGAUCCCGCCGACGUUCCAGGUAAGAUUAAGGAGAUGCUGGAAUACGAUGGGCCAAUCCUCUUGGAGGUCGUUGUGGACAAGAAGGUUCCUGUCUUGCCAAUGGUGCCAGCCGGCAAAGCCCUCCACGAAUUCCUGGCUUAUGACCCGGAUAGGGAGAAACAACGCAAGGCAGCUCUGCAAGCCCGGUUCCCAGACGGAAAAUAUUAGCGGCAUAUUGAACCAAUAGAAAUUUCCUUGGGUCCUUUGAUUUGUAAUGUUCUAGCGAUUUCUAGCUUGUAUUUCUUUUCUUUUCCUUUCCUCUUUCGGGUUGCGGAAAAAUGGGUGAAGAGAUCCAAUCACGGCUCUUUUGGCUAUCUUCUAGGGGGUUCUAAAACGGCUAUUUGAAUAUUUUAUGUUUAUGUGUCUUCUUGUUCAUUCCAAUUAUUUUAUGAAUAGAGAAAGGGCGUUACCCAGG